AUUAAUUUUUAAAAAAUUCUGCUAUUAAUUAUCUAUCCAAAUCAAAAUAUGACACUUAUAUGAUGAUUUUGAAUUAAUACCAUUUUAAAAAUGACCAUGUCAUUGACCUCGUUUUUAUGGGGGCACAUGCCGAAGUGUGGUGUGUCAUCAUUUUUCUUCAAUUUUUUAUGAGAAGUAUUGCGCAAACAUUAAGGAAAAGUUUAUGUACAUUAUUUUGAGGUUGAUUUAUAUAAAAAAAGCAAAUAUCAGAGUGUGCUAAACGUUUGUGUAUGAUAAAAUACUUCAGAACUUAAGCACAGGGGCAGUUUUACUAUAUUUUCAAUAUGAGUAUUGAAGCGAAUAGAAAUGUAUAUGAUUAAUGUUCCCUGGCUCAAACUCUGUUAAAAAAACCUUUAUAGGUGUUUAUAAUUAACUUGAGCUAAUAUAAAACUCCCUACAGUUUUUGACAUCCCCUAAACAAAUAAUGUUGAAAAGUGUAUUUUAGCAUAUUGCUUAAUCAUAGCAAGGUCAGCCACAACUUGCACUAUAUAAAGUGUGUAUUGAUGAAGUUGAACAGCUAUACCUUGCAUCAUAAGCGAUUUUCCAUUGAGUUUUAGUGAUUGUGACGUAAUAUUGAGAAUUCGAUGUUCAUAACAAUCAAUCUUUUAAGGUGCGCGAUAUUGUGCAAAUGGAAUAUUAAAUUGGGUCCGUCGUCCUUAAAUAUAUAUGUAUUCCUGAGGUUAUGUAUCCAAAAAAAAAUUAUGGCCUCUCAACUUGAGGGACUUUGCUAAGUUUUGCAGGAGAGUUGCCUCUACUGGUUUGCAGGACUUGGUCAAGUCUUGUGGGACUACAGAAAGAUAAGAAUCUAUUUAAACUUGUUAGGAUAUGGCCUAAGUCUUGUGGAACUACAGAGAGGUGUUUAUGUUAUGUUUAGUGGGAAAUCCUACUUUGUAAUUAAUCACAAGAUUAAUUAAUUCUAGAGACUCUUACCACUGUGCCACAUGGGCAACCACUUUCAACAAUAAUAUGACUGCUAUGUGACUAUAUUGAUGUCCAACAAUAUAUUGAUAACUGUUAUGCAAUUUUAAUUCAAUGUUAGGGAAUUAAAAGAAAAGGAUUACGGGUAAUUUGAAAAGUUGGAAGCAAAAAACAACUGGUAAAAAAUAGAAAUUUCAAGCAAAAAAUUUUCGGAAACAUUCAUGUCCAUUUGGGACUUUUUGAAAUUUUUGGUCAUGUGACUUACAUGUAACAGUACUUUUGGACUCUGAACUUAGAAAAUUCCAGAGCAGUGUUUUUUUUAACACAGUUUGUUGUAGGGGUUUUACUAAUAUGGAAAAUGGAAUGAAAUUGCAAGUUAAGCUUAGAAGUCAUCAUGAUUACAUACUUGUGUUAUCAUAUGUACUUUAUAAUAACUGCAAUUGUGUGCUUACUGUGAAAGAUGAGCUUGAUGAGCAAACUUUUAAAAUGGUGUGGAGUUGUGUCUUGGAAUUUGAAUCUUAUUUUGAAUUCAGGGAUGUAACUCAUUAUUGUAAUCUGAUGGGAAUAUCCUUUUUAAUGUGCAAUUAAGUGAUUUCAAGGUAUGUGUCUAUAAACAGAAUAAGACAUGUAUUUUAUUUGCCUAAUUAAUUCUAUAAGAUUUAGUAUAAGCAAUAAUUUUUGUGAUAUAUGUGUACUUUGUUCUACUGGGACUUUUGCCUCUGUAUCUUGGACAUAACAAAGGUUAAGAUAGGAAGUUAUAGUAGACAUGUGACAGGAAAUGGAUUUGUGAUAGAAUCUAAAAUGGCUGAUUUGCUAGCAGCUCUCCUUGGUGUUAUGACUGUCUCUGCUGUUUUUUUGCUAUUUAUAUCCAUUGCUCUCUUUUAUUGUUGUAUUCGGUGGACAAGGAUGGCAACUCCAGGGAAUUAAGCAAUCUUGAUUUCAUCAAGGUAUGCCAAUGGUUAAAAUUACAGCUCUUGACAACCUUAAACUAUAGUGUUAGAUUACCAUGGGACUUUGUGAAUAUUUUUUAAUCAGCCAUAUACAAAAAUGAAUGGAUGGCAGAUAUUUCAUAGAUAUAGCAUUUUUUCUUAACCAAUUUAAAUAAAAAACAUCCAGCUUCUUAAUGUAUAUGACUUAUAUAAUUCCUGUAUAGUAUUAUGGGACUUUGGCUAUCUUUUGUGAAACUUAAUUUAGAAAUAUACAAAUCCUUUCUGGCUUAUGGGACUAUAAGCAUCUUCAGUAAGACUUUAAAUUGGAUAUAUAUAAGUCAUAUCUAAACUUGUGGGACUAUUUACAAGUUUUAUCUGAUUAGUUGUAUUUUUAACAGCUAGCAUUUGACGUGUACAUAAAUUGUAUUUUAUGGGAAUUGGCCAUAAAGUUAUUCCAGUGGGAUCUAUUCUUUGUAAAGGAUUAUAAUAUAUAACCAUUUUAAGAGUUUUAUCAAGUCUAUUUGACAAUUUUUAAAGGUUAUAAUAAGAAGGGAUAGAAGACAUGUGACAGGAAGUGAAUUUGUGAUAGGAGAUUUAAGAAUCCAAAAUGGCUGAGGAGGAUUUGCUAGCAGCCAUCCUUGGUGUUAUGACUGUCUCUACUGUUUUUUACAUUUUUAUUUUCACUGUCCUUUUCUAUAUUUGUGUUUGGUGGACAAGACUGCCAUCUCUAGGGAUUUAAGCAAUUUUGAAUUUAUCAAGGUAUGCCAACGGCUCUUAUAGAUAACCUUACAAUGUUAAAUUUCCAUGUACUUGUGGGACUUCAAAAUCUUAAGCUUUUAAAAAAAAAAUGGAAGUUUCAAAGAGAUAACAUAUUUUUAUGACCAAUUUGAAAAUUUGCAAAAUGUGAUAUAUUUCAAAUUUAUGUGAUUUUGUUUGAGAGUAGUUUGAUUUUACAAUUAAGAUCAGUUCAAAUUUAGGAUUUUCCAUUUUUUUUUUUGUUAGCUUUACUAUUUUGUUUCAAUUUCUUGUUGAAAUAUGAUUGUAUAGCAAUUGUUUAAUAUGAGUGACAGUUGAUUUGCAGUUUUUAUACACAUCUGAUGUCAUACUAAAAUUUCAUAGAAUUAAUCUAAGAUGGUAAUGAAUCAUUCCUGCCUCAGGCUACCUGGUUCUUACAAAUAGCUGUAAAUAGCUGAUGUCAUAUUCUGCCAGUGAGUGCAAAUAAAUCAAAUAAAUAGGUUAGAAAUAUAUUUUAUAACAUUAAUCUUCUUAAAAAAACAACAAUUUAUUGUAUCUGAAACAAUUUUAAAAAAGAUAAAUUAUCAUUUAUGGGGGCCAAAUGUGACUCGUACCAUAUAAAGUUCCUUUUUUAUUUGUACUGUUUGCUAAAAAAAAUUAAUUCCAUUUUUAAAGAAUCAGCAUUAAGGGGAAAAUAUUGUAUUUUUUUUUUAUACUUGUAGAUUGUAUGUAUACUUGCAUGCUAUGAACCUUAAUAAGAAUUUGUAAGAUGUAUGUUUAAGUUUUAUCAAUAAAGUUUUAAAUGUAUUAUUUUAUAUAAAUAAUUGAUAGCUAUUUCUUUUUUUAGGGAAAAUGUCCAAUAUUUUUUGGGUUCGAGGCAUUCCUUGUCUGCCAGCCAAACUUUGGUGGCCCGGAAAAAUUGAUUCCUGUAAGGUGUACAUCAAAUCUGACAACGCUUUAACUUUUACAUCGAAAGAAAGAGACAUUGAAAGCAUUUUUACAUGAUGUAGAAUGGGCAGUCCAGAAAGUAGAGGAAGGUCAACCAAGUACAGAUGAGCAAAGUAGUGAUGAGGAAGGAGGUGAAGAAACUGGAAGAAGUGAUGAAAUAGACAGUGGAGGAACAGGUAGAAGUUAUAAGAUAGAAAGUAGAGGGAAAGGAAGAAGUAUCAAAAAUGACAGUGUAGGGACAGGAAGAAGUGAUGAGAAUGACAGUGGAGGGACAGAAAAACAGGAUGACAGUGGAGGGACAGAAAAACAGGAUGACAGUGGAGGGACAGGAAGAAGGGAUGAGAUAGGCAGUAUAGGGACAUUAAGAAAUGAAAGGAUAGACAGUGGAGGGACAGGAAAAACUGAUGAGAUAGACAGUGGAGAGACAGGAAGAAGGGAUGAGAUGGACAGUGGAAGGACAAGAAGAAGGGAAGAGAAUGACAGUAGAGGGACAGGAAGAAGCAAUGAGACAGACAAAGGAGAGACAGGAAGAAGUGAUGAGAUAGACAAAGGAGAGACAGGGAGAAGUGAUGAGAUAGACAAAGGAGAGACAGAAAGAAGUGAUGAGAUAGACAGUGGAGGGACAGGAAGACGUGAUGAGAUAGACAACAGAGAGACAGGAAGAAGUGAUGAGAUAGACAGUGGAGGGACAGGAAGAAGUGAUGAGAUAGACAAAGGAGAGACAGGAAGAAGGGAUGAGAUAGACAGUGGGGGGACAGAAAAAAGCGAUGAGAUAGACAAAGGAGAGACAGGAAGAAGUGAUGAGAUAGACAAAGGAGAGACAGGAAGAAGGGAUGAGAUAGACAGUGGAGGGAUAGUAAAAACUGAUGAGAUAGGCAAAGGAGAGACAGGACGAAGUGAUGAGAUAGCCAGUGGAGAGACACGAAGAAGGGAUGAGAUAGACAGUGGGGGGACAGGAAGAAGUGAUGAGAUAGACAAAGGAGAGACAGGAAGAAGGGAUGAGAAAGACAGUGGAGGGAUAGUAAAAACUGAUGAGAUAGGCAAAGGAGAGACAGGACGAAGUGAUGAGAUAGCCAGUGAAGAGACACGAAGAAGGGAUGAGAUAGACAGUGGGGGGACAGGAAGAAGUGAUGAGAUAGACAAAGGAGAGACAGGAAGAAGUGAUGAGAUAGCCAGUGGAGGAACAGGAAGAAGGGAUGAGAUAGACAGUGGAGGGAUAGUAAAAACUGAGGAGAUAGGCAAAGGAGAUACAGGAAGAAUUGAUGAGAUAGCCAGUGGAGAGACACGAAGAAGGGAUGAGAUAGACAGUGGGGGGACAGGAAGAAGUGAUGAGAUAGACAAAGGAGAGACAGGAAGAAGUGAUGAGAUAGACAAAGGAGAGACAGGGAGAAGUGAUGAGAUAGCCAGUGGAGGGACAGGAAGAAGGGAUGAGAUAGACAGUGGAGGGAUAGUAAAAACUGAUAAGAUAGGCAAAGGAGAGACAGGACGAAGUGAUGAGAUAGCCAGUGGAGAGACAGGAAGAAGGGAUGAGAUAGACAGUGGGGGGACAGGAAGAAGGGAUGAGAUAGACAGUGGAGGGACAAGAAGAAGUGAUGAGAAUGACAGUAGAGGGACAGGAAGAAGUUACAAGAAUGACAGUAGAGGGGCAGGAAGAAGUUACAAGAAUGACAGUGGAGGCACAGGAAGAAGUGAUGAGAUAGUCAGUGGUGGGACAAGAAGAAGGGAAGAGAUAGACAGUGGAGGGACAGGAAAAACUGAUGAGAUAGACAAGGGAGAGACAGGAAGAAGUGAUGAGAUAAACAAAGGAGAGACAGGAAGAAGGGAUGAGAUAGACAGUGGAGGGACAGGAAGAAGGGAUGAGAUAGACAGUGGAGGGACAAGAAGAAGUGAUGAGAAUUACAGUAGAGGAACAGGAAGAAGUUACAAGAAUGACAGUAGAGGGGCAGGAAGAAGUUACAAGAAUGACAGUGGAGGGACAGGAAGAAGUGAUGAGAUAGUCAGUGGUGGGACAAGAAGAAGGGAAGAGAAUGACAGUAGAGGGACAGGAAGAAGCGAUGAGACAGACAAAGGAGAGACAAGAAGAAGUGAUGAGAUAGACAAAGGAGAGACAGGAAGAAGGGAUGAGAUAGACAGUGGAGGGACAGGAAGAAAGGAUGAGAUAGACAGUGGAGGGACAGGAAGAAAGGAUGAGAUAGACAGUGGAGGGACAGGAAGAAGUGAUGAGAUAAACAGUGGAGGGACAGGAAGAAGUGAUGAGAAUUACAGUAGAGGAACAGGAAGAAGUUACAAGAAUGACAGUAGAGGGGCAGGAAGAAGUUACAAGAAUGACAGUGGAGGGACAGGAAGAAGUGAUGAGAUAGUCAGUGGUGGGACAAGAAAAAGGGAAGAGAUAGACAGUGGAGGGACAGGAAAAACUGAUGAGAUACACAAGAGAGAGACAGGAAGAAGGGAUGAGAUAGACAGUGACGAGACAGAAAGAAGUGAUGAGAUAAACAAAGGAGAGACAGGAAGAAGGGAUGAGAUAGCCAGUGGAGAGACAGGAAGAAGUGAUGAGAUAGCUAGUGGAGGGACAGGAAGAAGGGAUGAGAUAGACAGUGGAUGGACAGAAAGAAGUGAUGACAUAGACAGUAGAGAAUAUUUUACAGGUGUUGAUUCUUUACUCAAUAUGCUUAUGAGCCAAGAUGAAUUGGAUACAGAGUUUUCAUCAAUUACUGACAUCGAUAUUCCAUCUCCUGAGUAUGUACAAGAAAUUGAAGUUACAAGUAUGAUGAAGUCUGACGAAGAAUCGUGUAUUUCUGAUUCAGAUGAAGAAUGGAGACCUCCCAUCAAGCAAAGAAAGAAAAUGAUUUUUUCAAGUGAUAGCUCUGAUGAAGAGGAUUUUGACCAAGGAGAAAAUAUUGAACAAGGAAAAAAUACUGAACCAGUAUUACCAAGCAGUAUGCCUGUUGAUAUACCUUUAUCUGACAUUCCAUCAGCAAAAUGUUUGCAAGAUGAUGACAUGGAGCAUGACAGAUGGAGACCUCCCAUUAAGAGAAGAAAAAAAAUGCUUACUUUAAAUGAGGAAAAUGUUAACGAGAAAGAAGGGUAUGAUGAAGGAGAUGAAAUCGAGCAAGAUAUUCUUGAAGAGAAUGAAGAAGAAGAAAACAUUCCUGAAGAGGACUUUGAAGAAGAGGAAAUAGUGAGAGCUAAAGAUAAUAGGCACAUUUACAUAAGGAAAGUACUCAAGAGCACCAAUCUAGCAGACAGUUCACAGCCUAAUAGAAAGCUAGAUAGAGUGUACAAUCAAAAACACUGUUGCUUCCUUUGUAAGAAAAUGAUCCUCCAUCUACCAUGCCACUUCAAAAGCAAACAUAGGAAUGACCCUGAAAUAAAAGACGCCCUGAUGAAAACUGAUAAAAGAAGAUUUGACAAGCUUAGAGCCAAAGGUGAUAACAUGCAUAAUGAGCUGGUUUUAAAGGAAGGCAAAGGUGAAUUAAUUAUUUCCCGAAGACCUGUGGAAUUUCAAGUAAUUGAUUUUGCACCUUGCUCAAUUUGUUAUGAGUGGAUGAACCUGAAGUAUAUAGAUAAGCACCACAACAGAGCUCAUUCAGAAAAUCAGAAAAGAUCUGCCAUGGACUCUACAAAGUUUCGAAGCAAAAAAGUUAUCCAAUUAAAUGCUGACAGAGAAGCUGGCAGAGUGAGAGUUGAGGAAAAGGACCGUUUGGUUGGCCAAGUUUUGGAAAUCAUGACAAGAGAUGAGGUGAAAAUAGUAGCACAAGGAGAUGAUUUGAUUUGUGCAUUGGGUGAAUCAUGGAUGAGAAGAAACUAUGGAAAUAAAAAAGCCAAAUACUAUGCUUCCCAGCAUAUGCGACUUAUGGCUAAGUUUUUAAUUAAUCUUAGAAAACUUGAUUCUCCAGAAAAUGAAGUACAAACUCAAUCAUUGUGGGAUUUUCUUGUUCCCUCAAAAUAUGAUCUAGUUGUUGCAGCAGCUGUACAGCUUGCUUUUCCCUACAUGGAUGACAUCGAGGAUCUUCGUUCCCCCUCAAAUGCCAUAAAAAUAAAAUAUGACAUUUUGAAAGUCAUUAAUGAGAAAUGGGCUAGAAUUCAAAUAAGAGAAAAACCAGAUCCUGAUGAAGCCCACAGCUGUGAUACAUUUAUGAGAUUGAUGAACAUCAAAUGGACAGAGAGGGUGACUAAAAUGGCAAGAACAGUACUAGUACAAAGAAGUUUUAACAAAGAAGUGGAAAUUCCAUCCCCUGAUGACAUAAAAACAUUAACGGAACAUAUUUGUUCAGAACUGUCCAUACUUAAUCUGCAGAAUUAUGUAGAAUCGACGUAUAGGAGAGCAGUUGUUUUAUGUCAAGCAAGACUUGUUUUAUAUAACAAGAGAAGAUCCGGAGAGAUCGAUUACAUAAGUGUAAAGCAGUAUGCUGCAAGAAGCACCAAACUAGCAGAUAUUGAUAAGAGUCUCUUAGGAGACCUCUCUGAACUGGAGAAUUAUUUGAUGAACUCACAAGAUUUGAUGACCGUUAGAGGAAAGAGAGGCCGUCCUGUGCCAGUAAUCAUACCUAAUGACGUUAAAAAGGCCCUUGAAUAUAUUUCAAGCCAUGAGUAUAGAAAGGCUUAUAAUGCAAACCAAGUUGAUUGGUUAUUUCCAUCGAAAGGUCGAUGCUGUGCAAGGAGCUACGAUGCCCUGAACCAGGUGGCAGGGGAAUGUAAUUUAAAAUUUCCUCAUAGAAUUACAAGUGUUUCUAUGAGGAAAUACACUGCAACGUUGACACAGAUGAUGAACUUGUCAGAUUCACAGCUGCAGUGGGCAUGUGACCAUUUAGGUCACACAAAAGCAGUUCAUUUAAACCACUAUCGACAACUCAGCGGUUACCUUGAACGAGUUCAGAUUGCAAAGCUCAUGAUUGUUCAUGACAUGAAUCUUACAGGUGAAUUAAAGGGGAAAACCCUUGCAGACAAAGAAUUGAAUGAGGCCGUGUUAAAGAAAAUUCAGGGGGAAAUUGGAGGUGCAGACGAAGCAGUGGAGCCCCUGAAUUUUAAAUUCAACUUCGAUGAUAAUGUUGAAGAUCUGGAUUCAAUCGACAUUUAUGAUUAUGAUCAGGAUGAUGUUGAUAGUGUUGAAAAAAAUGAUCGCAAGCCGAAGAGCAGUAGAAAAAGAUGGACUGAAGAGGAGAUUGAAGAAAUUCAACAGUAUUUUGCCAAAUUUCUAAAGACAAAAACAUGCCCCAGCAAGACAUACACACUAAAAGCCAUUGAGAAAAGUAAAACAAAAGGGGGGGCACUCGCCAAAAGAUUUUGGCAUACUAUUGUCAAAAAAAUUUCUAACAUGAACAAAAAGUAACUGAGUGAAGUUUUCCAGAGAUACUGCAGUGAAAACAGGAAGUGGAAGAUACUUUUAACUAUGCAUAAUAUUGUAAACAAAGUUAUUGUUUUACAAGAUUUAAAAUUCUUUUUACCUGAAUGUAGACCAAAGGAUUUAGUGAAUGCAAGAAAUUGUAAACUUCAAAAUUUUGUACUGUGAAAAUAUAUUGUAUUUUAGUUACUACCGGUCCAAAUAUAAUAUCAUGAUUCCCAUUUCUAUUGUAUUGAAUCAUAUGAUAUAAUAUUUUAUCAUAGAAUAUGAUAUUGUAAAAUAUUAUAUGGUUCAAUAUGAUAUUUAAUCAAUAAUUUUUCGUAUCAAAUCAUAUGGUAUUUUAUAUUGUAUAAUAUAUUUUGUAUUUUUGUAUCAUAUC